CUCGUCCCUCAAUCCAACCUAUCAAUCAAAAAAAUGCCUUCCAUCCCAGAAGAACCUCUCCUCGCUCCCAACCCCGACCGCUUCUGUAUGUUCCCCAUUCACUACCCACAGGUCUGGGAGAUGUACAAAAAAGCAGAAGCUUCCUUCUGGACCGCCGAGGAAGUUGAUUUAUCUCAGGACCUCCGCCAUUGGGAAGCCCUCACCUCCGACGAGAAGCAUUUCGUCAAACACGUCCUCGCCUUCUUUGCUGCCUCCGAUGGUAUCGUUUUGGAAAAUCUCGCUGGACGCUUCAUGAAAGAGGUCCAGAUCUCCGAGGCCCGUGCCUUCUACGGCUUCCAAAUUGCCAUUGAGAACAUUCAUUCCGAGAUGUACAGUCUUCUGCUUGAGUCUUACAUCAAAGACUCGGCCGAGAAAAACCACCUCUUCCGCGCAAUUGAGACCGUUCCUUGCGUGGAAAAGAAGGCCAAGUGGGCCAUGCGCUGGAUUGAUGGCUCUGAAUCCUUUGCUGAGCGGUUAGUCGCCUUUGCUUGUGUUGAGGGGAUAUUUUUCUCGGGGAGCUUCUGCGCCAUAUUUUGGUUGAAAAAGCGCGGGAUGAUGCCGGGCUUGACUUUCUCCAAUGAAUUAAUUUCGCGAGAUGAAGGUUUGCAUUGUGAUUUUGCGUGCCUGCUUUACAGUUUGUUGAAAAUGAAGCUGAGUGAGGAGAAAGUGAAAGGAAUAGUGGCGGACGCAGUGAAUAUAGAGAGGGAGUUUGUGUGUGAUGCGCUGCCUUGCGCGCUGGUGGGGAUGAAUGGAGAUUUGAUGAGCCAGUACAUUGAAUUUGUGGCUGAUAGACUGUUGAAUGCUUUGGGCUAUGGAAAGUUGUACCAUGUGCAGAAUCCAUUUGAUUGGAUGGAAUUGAUUAGUUUGCAAGGGAAAACAAACUUCUUUGAGAAGAGGGUUGGGGAAUAUCAGAAGGCAUCAGUCAUGUCUAGCUUGAACGGCAAUGGUGCCACCCAUGUGUUCAAGUUGGAUGAGGAUUUCUGAUUUAUGGUAUAGACACCCCUUGAUUAUCAAUUCUUGUUAGGAAGGAUCUGCUUGUUUGUUUUUUAUUUUUUGAAAGUGAAAUCUGGGGAUUUCUCUUUACUACUGUAGCUGUUCAAAAUUUGUAACUUCUGUAUUUUUGUUUCUUCA